AUGAAAAUUAGCCAGUUAUCUAGUUUAAAAAUACAGUUUAAUCAAAUUAUAUUUGCCAAUGCUUAUGAAUUAAUUGAAUUGUUAAUUCAACAUAUUGUUUCAUUAGAACAUUUACCACUAAGUACUGGUUAUUUAUCUGAACCAUCUGCUAUCGAUGGUCGACAUAUAGAGAUUAAUUUAUUAUCAGCGUUAUUGAAUUUAAUCGAUUUUUAUUUUUAUUUUCGGUUUUCUUAUAAAAAUCAACAAAUUAAUUCAAUAAUAUCUUCAUUUAAAAACGAUUAUUGGCUAUUAAAACGAAAACAAAAAUAUUAUAUGUUAUGCAGAUGUUUAUCAAAAUGA